UUUGCAGUUUAACAAAAUGAUGCGAUAGGGAAAAUAUUCAAGUUUUAGGCCUCCACUUUAUCUGUGGAAGGAGGUAUAAAUGUAAGGAUAAACGGAGUGUUGAAUUAUUAAAAUACACAAGAUGUUGCAUGUGUUCAAUGUGAACCGAGGGACCAUGUUGACAUUUGACGUCAACUUGGCAAUGGAAAGGGUGUUGGAGUUGAAGACCACAAUACAAGACACUCAUGGGAUUUCUCCUGAUAAACAGGUUAUGCUUAUCAGUGGAGGACAAGCAUUAAGUGAUGAAGAGAGAGUUUGUAGUUACGCUGCAGGAACUGAAUCAAAUCCUGUUUAUCUGUUUGAUAAAGGUUGUAUUGAGAAAGAGAAUCUACAACUGCAAUCUAAUUAUCAAGAAAGUAAUGAUUUUGCUGAGAGCAUCAGGAAUGCUCGAACUCUCUCUCCUUCAUACAAGACUGUGGAAGUUCGAACUAAGCUUGCAAUGAGGCUUCACGAUGCAACCCGUCAUCAAGCUCAAACUAUGAAGUCUCUUGUUCACGAUGAACAUUUAAUGUUUCAGGGAUGGCAAGCAGCUGUAUCCAAUCUCAUGGACACAGUUCGUGGAUUUCAGACAAGGGUUGAAACAAUGUGUUCUCAAUGCCAGAAGUUAUUUGAACAAGGAAGAAAUAAUGCAGAAAUUUUGAAAGGAAUGGAUACUAUAUUGAAAAGUUUGGAGCAGAUUCCUAUUCUACCUACGUUAUUGAAAAGUAUACGAUCGGAUCAGCAGCAAGUUACUUUGUUACAUUGGAUAAAAAGUCAAUGCAAAAAUGUAUCUGUACAAGUGAUGUAUAACGAAUGCAAGCAGAAACAGGAUUAUUUGAACCAAGAGAGAUACAAAGCACUAUUGGAAGAAUGCAGUAAGGUAGAUUCACAAGCAUCAAAUGUGCGAAUGAGUGAAAUAUCCGGCAUCAAUGAAAGACUUUCUGCCUUAGAUCAUCUCAUUCUGACAGCUGAACAACAAGUUAAAGAGCAAACUGGCAUCGCUCAGGGUUUCGUUAGGAAUCGUGAGACCGCUCGAGAGUUGCAUAAUAACUCACCAAGUAUUGAUGCUCUGCUCACAUUGUGUGAGAGCCAUAUCACUCAACUCCAAAUCAUGUCAGAAUAUGAGUCGAUGACUCGAGAUGCUCUUCAUAAAUGUACUCACGCUAAAAAUGAACUCGCAGCUAACUUACACACUCGACUAAGAUGGUUGUACGUCAUUCAACGAAGUAUUCUGAAUGUUGAUGUAAAGUUGUCCAUGUUCACCCAACAACUGAGUCUUCUGCAAAGACAAGUCACAUUCUUAGAUCAAGUUAAACAAUGUCCGACCCUGUAUUUAUCAUCUGUAGCUGAGGUUGUGAGAAGAAAACAAUUCGCUGACAAUUAUAUUCAGUGUGCUAACAGAGCUGUUGCAGAAGCUCGUGUUGAACGUGAUCGAGAAAUUGUGAAACGAAAGACUUUUCAAUCCAACUUAUCUGGUCAUUUUAUACAGAGAUUAUUUCAUGGAUUAUCAGAUAAACCUCCUUCACUUUCUAAGAAGCCGAUGAGAAAUUUUGACAAUAAUCUACCGAAUAUUACUUUAGAACAUCUCAAUACUUUAUCAAAAUUAUUGCCUGAUUAUAAAGAUAUCUUAGAGGUCCAGGAACAAUCCACCAUGAAACCAAAAUGGGAAACAUAUUCUAAUAUGUCUGAUGUUCAGUCCACGUCUCUCGUAUCACCUUCUACAUCAACAUUAGUGCAAUCCAACCUCGAUACAUUCACUGCUUCAUCUCAAAACACUGACUCACUGUCGCAGUCCAUGUCAAUAACGGACAAGGACAAAGAACGCAGUACAACAGGCUCAUUUGCUAUGGUGGGUCAUUCGUCUAUUGCUAAAAGUCAGCCCGGUGGUUUUGUUGUCACGUCGGUAGAAAAUGUAACUCGAAUUCAUGAAAAUGAGGAUAUUUCAAAAAAUGAAAAUCAAAGUGAAAGGUUUCAGGAAAAUGUGCAAGAUUUAUCUCAAAGGAACUAUCCUUCUCUCGAUCGCACAGUUGAACACCAACAUUCACCACCUACCAGUCCAGGAGAACAAGAUCAGCCAGAUUCCAUCUUUGCACAGAUUGGUGACAUCAUCAGUCCAGACAGUCCUCCUGAUUCAGAGUUUUUCAGCAUCAUGCCUGGCUCUUUCGGAAAUAAUAGAACUUUAACAAAACCUUCUUUGGAUUCUCAACCAGGAAGUUCUCUAACUGGAAGAUUGGAUGUUAUUAAUAUAAGAAGAAGAGAAUCGUUGCCUCGCUCACCAAGAAAACAAUCUUUAAUUGCCGUUGGGUCGCCAGAUUCGAAUACGUCGACUUCAUAUCAGAAAGUUGAUGGCAUCAGUAGUGAUGAAGAAAUGUUUCAUUCAUUUUCAUCAGAUCAUCAGGAUGUAAAACAAUUGAGAAAGAAACUACAUCAGUUGCAAACGGAUUAUGACAAUCUCACCCAAGAAUCAAAAUUAGAAAAAGAAGAAUUGAAUAUUUUAAUAAGAAAACUUCAGCAAGAAAUCUCAAGCCUGGAAGAAAAUCAACGUAAAAUAGAAUCUGAUUACGAGAAGAGGUGGCAGGAGUCUAAAUCUGAACUUGACAACGUUAUCAAACAACUGGAAAAUGAGAGAUUAGAAAGGAAAAAGGCUUGGUCAGAAGGUGCCAACUUGGAAAAGAAAAUUAAAACAUUGGAAGAAGAAAAACGUACACAUUCUUCGGAACUUGAAAUGAUCCAAAACCAAGUGUCAAAUAAAAAUUUAACGAUUGAAAAACUAGAAAACGAAGUGAAGGAAUCUGAAGACAGAUUAUCUUCUGCAAUGGAAGAGGCAGAAAGGAAAAUUGCAGAAAUCAUAAGAGCGAAAGAAUCCCAAUAUGAAAAAGAACUACAAACUGUAAAAUCUGCGUCGUUGAAAUUUGAGAGAGAAUUAGCGCUCGCUCAAACUGAACUUUCUACCUCUGAAGACAGAAUACAGGAAUUAGAAACUGCGUUGUCAGAUCGUGAACGAAGACAACAAGAAGACGCUUCACAAGUUCUCGAAUUUGAAACUAAAAUUUGCGAACUCGAACGAGAACUAGGGUGCACUAGAGAGUCAUUCCAGAAAAGUACUUACGAAAAAUCUGAAGCGAAACAACAAAUUCUUGAUCAUGAGCAAAAACUAGCGAAAGCUCAUGAUCAGAUUGAAUCUUUAAAACGAUUACUCGUUGAUUACGAGACGAAAAUAAACGAUGACAAAACGAAAGAUCAUUUACUAAAAAAUUUAAAACUUUCUGUACAUGAUUUAGAACUAGAAAAAUCCGAACUAACAUCGAACUUAGAAUCCUCUAAAAAAGAAAUUGAAAAACUCAAAAACGAACUCAGUGAAUCCGAAAAAACUGCUCAAAAUUUGAGAUCGAUUGGAGCGCAAGAUGAAAAAUCAUAUAAAGAAGAAAUUGAGAAACUAAAACGCACUCACGCUGACGAAAUAAAAUCCACUUCUGAGCAACACGGAGAGGAAAUAGUCAAAUUGACUGAAAAACAUGAAAAUGAAAUAAAAGAAAUUACUCAGGAACAUGAAAAGAUCAUUAUUGAUAAAGAACAAUACUGGAAAGGGAAGGAGGAGACUUUGAGUAAUGCUCAUAGGAAUGAAAUCGAUGAGUUAGAAGCCGAUCGUCUUGCUAGCAUUGCUUCCGCUCAACAGUCAAUUGAAGAUUUGAGAGAGAAAUUACGAGAAGCAAACAGGACUCUUGAUAUUAGAAAGAAAGAAUUUGCAGAAAGCAAGGAUUCAUUUGCUGAAAGUCACAGAAAGCUGGAAGAAGAUUAUUCAAGAAUAAUUUCUGAAAACGAGAAUCUUGUUACAAAAAUAUCUGAAAUGGAGCAAGAAAUAUCUCAAUACCAGGAAGAAAUCAGAAAACAUCAAGAACAAGCAAAACAAGAUGUUGCCAUGACAACUAUGAUAACUUCUUCAUCCUCCACAGAUGAAGAAAUGAAAUCAAAAAGAUCAAAAAUUGAUUCCGGUAUCUCUGAUGACUUGAUGGUGUCAUCGAGUGUGGAUGGCCUACCUGAUGCCAACGGAAACCCAAUAAACAUGAUGACAAUGUCUGUCGUUGACCACAAAAAGAAAAUUGAUGAAAUCAAAAAGAAUUUUGAUGAAGAUAAAAAAGCUUUGCAGAAUUUAUUCAAAAAGGAAGAAGAAGAAUCGGCCAGAAGGAGACAGAUGGUUUUCAAUUCUGCAAUACAACGUGUCGCAUCGAGUAAAGAUAUAGAAAUUGAAAAACUAAAAGAACAGCUGAUGUCACAAUCUCGUUCUAUUCCCGGUAUUGCGCAAUCAAUGAUGGUACAAGGCUCACAACCUAUGUCAUCUUCUAUCACACAUUCAUCUACGUCACCAUCUUCAUUGGGAACGACACCUGACAUCAUGCAGGCUUCCACUUCUGGUUUGGGAAAGACUUUCGAUAGAGACAAAGAUAAAGCUGCUGUUGUGAAUUUCCAAAUUGGCGAUAAUGUUCUUGUUUGCUUCAAUGAUACUUAUCAGCAUUUUACUCUUCUGACAACAUCUCGAACAUUACAUUUUGUUCACGCAGAAUCCCUGGAUAAACUAGGAAUCAACAGUUCCAAUCCUGAAUCCAAAAAAUCAAUGACCUUUGCUACUCUGGUUGACAAAGAAUACUGCCAAGCUAGAAAAGCACAAAAUCGUUUCCGAGUUCCAAUCAAUACAAAGUUUUAUCGUGUCAAAGUCACGCCUUUUGCAAAGAAAGAUUUGCAAAGUUGAAAAGUUCAAAACCUGAAUGGGUGUUUAUUGUUCGACGCCAUUCUGUUAAAUUAAUCAUGUUUUAAACGCAUUUUUUAUAAUUCAAUAAGCAUUGCCUAACCGAGGGAUGGUCAGGAGUCCACUCACAGUAAAUGUAUUGGAAUUGAGGAAUGUAUGUAACUUAAUUUAGUUUGCCCAUCCCUGCCCACAUAACAUAACCAUAACAUGUCCAAUUAUUAGUAUAUUAAUAUCAAAAAUGAUAAACUAAAAAUAUUAGAAUUAAAAUUUAAGAUUUAAUGAGUAGUACUACACUAUUUUUUUCCAAGUUUGAUUACAUUUCGCAAACUAGUUUUGUAGUAACUUUUGUUUUGUCAUUUUUCUGUCACCUUAAUUUUGAUUAUUAGUGAAAUUCUUCAAAUUCAAGUAAUCUUCCAGGUUUGCUAAUGUCAAGCCUGGACAAAACAUAAUAAUUUAAAAUCCUUUUCUUUCAUUUUUAUUUGACUCUUUCCAAUCUCGACCUGAACUUGUAUCUUUUCCACAUAUUUCAUAUGUUUGCAGUUAGCGACUGGUAUACUUUCUUGAAUCAAUAAAGCAUGGUGAAUUAGGUUUAUCAUGAAGGUCUCGAUAUAACCAAUAUUAAAUGAUAUCAAGUGUAUAAAACAAGAACGGAUAUUUCGUUCAGAUAAAACUAUACUAAUUGAAGUCCCAGUUCGUUGCAACUUUCCUCUAUUUUUUUGCAAAUCUUUCUGACAAAUAUAUCAUAAAGGUUUCCCCUUAGAGUUAGACAAAGUACAUUUAACAAGACUAGGUAAACGAAUCAGACUAAACAAUACAAAUUCAAGGUCUUACCCACUUCAAGUGAUCGAAGGGUCUUGCAGCACACUAACACAAAUAUGAUGACUUUAGUCAGACAAAACUCUACAGACAUACAAUUGUGUUAAUGUGCAGCAAGACUCUUGCACCGCUUAGGAUAGUUAUCUCUACUCUUGUUACGGCAUCCUUGCUUUACGUGCAUACGGAUCCACCGGCACGAUAGCAUAGAAGAAGGAUAAGUAGUAAGUCCGGCAGAAACCCAAUCAGUAAACUUAUCCAGUUGGUUGCAACUUCGCUCUAUUUUUGUGCAAAUCUCAACGAAUUUCAAUAUUUUUGUGCAGAAAAAGAUUUUCUUAGCAUCUCACUGUGAAAUUGAUAAUUUCUUUUCUUGUCAGUGUUUUUCGUUCACGUGCAUAUAUAUAUAUAUAUAUUGUAAAUUGCUUACUCCUGGUGAUCUAGCUUCUAUUUUGUGCGAUUUUAUUUACAUCUGUGUGGGUUUACGGUUCAAUAUUAUUAAUAUUUUGUGUUCCGAACUAUACAGCGAUAAUUAAUGUGGAGUAUACAAUGGCAGUAUUUUGUCUUUGAGGAGACAAAACGCAAACAUUUGGGACAAUUUCACAUUUCUCAAAUCAAAUAUAAUAUGGAAUUGGUAUAAGAUAUUCAUUUGCUAAUACUCUAUAUUGUAUCAUUCGUCAUUGUGACAUUUGUUGGUAACUAGUGGGGUGUUGGGAAAAUAGAGAUAAAUAGGUAAUGAGUUGGUUUAGUAUAAUUUCUUGAACUUAACCACUAUUAUAAUUGUUUUUAUACAGGAAUAAGGUGUGUGAUAUCACCCUAUCUCUAUUGUAGUGUCUCAAAAAUGUUGUGUUUCACACUUGUAUGAAUCUCACUUCAUAUGAAUACUUCAACCUUCUGACAAAUAAUUGAUCUUCCCAGCAAAGAAUAUAGCAUGGAUUUCACUCCGUAUGCUUUCUUUUACUAUUUGUUCACAAUAUAUAUCUACCCCAACUCAGAUACAAGUUUGCUAAAAUAGAACGGUUGGUACAUGGCAUUUUCGAGACACUAACAUUUUAGUUGAAAGUUUUCUCGGAUAUUAAUCGAAGCUCCCUAAUUUCUUUCGGAACACUUCUUGUUUGUAUUUUUGAACUCACUACUUCAAAAAAUAUGUACCAUGCGAUUUUUUUGAGGUGAAGAAUUAUUAUUUCAAAUUUUUUGUUCUUAUUUGUGUGCAUUAACCCCGUAAUUUUCAUAUUUUUCGCUCACUUGCACUUUUAAAAACUAAUAAAUCUACGAUUUCGCCUGCAUUUGUCAGAAACAAUGAAAGCUUUGGAGAGUGACUCAAACAUAAAAGAGAUAA